AUGCAAAAGUACGCAUCUUCGCACAAGAGAAAAUGGAACGGCGAGCUUCAAGGCCGCCCAAAUCCGUUGGGUUCAUUCACGGGCGGAAGAGCCUCGUGUGCAACCCCGCUUAAUGCCAACUUCACUCUUCAUCCCCUUCUCGCCACCUCGCCGCACUAUAGGAUCAGGAUGGCCGCCAUGGACGACUACCCCUACAACCUGGGAUCGUUCAAAAGGUCCAUCACCACCGUCAGCCCGGCGGCCCAGAUCUGGUUUGACCGUGGCCUGACUUGGGCAUAUUCCUUCAAUCACAAGGAGUCCGCUGCGUGUUUCAAGCAGGCCCUCGUGCAUGACGAGACUUGUAUGAUGGCCUACUGGGGACUGGCCUACUCCCUGGGCCCCAACUACAAUCAACCCUGGGAUUUCCUCGGCAAUGAGUUGAAAUCCGUCGUGGAAAACACAUACCGAGCGGCAUCCAGGGCAAAACAGCUUGCGGCCAAUGCAUCCCCGGUGGAGCAGGCUCUGGCCAAAGCCAUCGCCGCUCGCUAUCAGAGUGACCACCCGGCCAAUAUGGACCAAUUAACAGCCCAGAAUGUCGCCUAUGCGGAUGCCAUGCAGGAAGCAUAUGAACGCUUCCCCGAUGAUCUGGACGUGGCCACGCUGUACGCCGAUGCCAUGAUCAGCCUUACGCCCUGGAAGCUGUGGGACCUGGUGACCGGCCAACCGAACCCGGGAACACGCACCAUGGAGGCAAAAAGGGUGCUCGAAAAGGCCCUCGAUCAGAAAGAUGCCCUGAAGCACCCGGGCCUGCUACACAUGUACAUCCAUCUCGUGGAGAUGUCCCCAUUCCCAGAACUCGGCCUGAGACCCGCCGACUACCUCCGUGAUCUCGUCCCAGACGCCGGCCACAUCCAGCACAUGCCCUCUCAUCUGGACGUCCUGGUUGGCGACUACCGCAGCGCAGUGCGAGCCAACCAGCGUGCGGCCAUCUCCGAUGAAAAAUGGCUCUCUAUCGAAGGCCCCUUCAACUUCUACUCCGUAUACCGGCUCCACACGUACCACUCCCUCAUCUACGCCGCCAUGUUCGCCGGCCAGAAGCAGGCUGCGUUUGACGCCGUGGACCGCAUGGAAGCCACCCUCCCGUAUAAACUGCUCUCCGCAAUGUCCGACUACAUUGAAGUGUUCAUGUCUGUGCGCGCCCACGUCAUGAUUCGGUUCGGCAUGUGGGAAGAGAUCAUCCACAUGCAAAUCCCGACGGAUCCGGAAAUCUAUUGCAUGACAAUAGCCAUCACGCACUAUGCCAAGGGCGUGGCAUACGCGGCGACUGGCCGAGUCCCAGAGGCAGAGCAUCAGCGCGAAUUAUACCGAGCCGCGCGGGGACGAGUUCCAGACACGCGUCUGGACUGGCCGAACAAAUGCAUUGAGAUUCUGGGGGUGGCGUCGGAAAUGCUGGACGGGGAAAUUGAAUACCGUCGCGGGAACUACGAGGAAGCGUUCGAGGCCCUGCGGCGUUCCAUUGAGCUUGAUGAUGGGUUGGGCUAUAGUGAGCCCUGGAGCUGGAUGCAGCCUACCCGACAUGCUUAUGCUGCGCUUUUACUGGAGCAGGGGCAUGUGGAGGAUGCGGCUGCGGUUUAUCGGGCGGAUCUGGGUCUGGAUAGUACGCUCAUCCGGGCGCGAAGGCAUCCGAAUAAUGUGUGGGCUUUGCAGGGGUAUCAUGAGUGUUUGGUGCGUCUUGGGAAGACGGAUGAAGCGAGUGUCAUUCAGCCGCAGUUGGCGAUUGCGGCUGCUGUUGCUGAUGUUCCGGUGACUUCGUCUUGUUUCUGUCGGUUGGAUACCUUUGAGACGCCUGUCGGGAAAGGGUGUUGUCAAUGA